UGAGCAUGCCUACAAGGCUUGAAAAUAAACAAAGACCGAAAGCGGGCGAUUGAUCAUUAAGCUGCCAUAAACUUAACUUAAAAUACUUUUGAAACCAUUUUUAGGUACUUACAAACCCCCAGCAUCUGAAGAAAGACGUCUCUACAGCCAUGGAAAACGCAUUGUUGAUGCGAGUGAGUGUUUUUUCCGAUCAGGGAGGCAGAAAAUACAUGGAGGAUGUUACCGAGGUAGUAAUGGAGCCCGAGCCGGGGGAAGACGAGCUGAACUCGGACGAACAAGAUGAGACCAAAUGGAAUAGCUCGACGACGGACAUUGUGCCGGAAAAGCCUGAAAACGAGCAUCAAGAUCGGACUGCACACAACGAUCCUCUAUCUGCCUCUGCAUCCACUACAGUUACAUGGACACAACAUGUACAAAAUGGGAACCAACGUUUUGCAGCUGCUGCACUGGCAGGAUCGAAAGUGGAGAGUACUCCGGCUGCGACCAAGAGCGAUAACCGGCCCCAGCGCUCAGUGGCUUUCUUCGCGGUGUUCGAUGGCCACGGAGGCCGCGAAGCAGCGCAAUUCGCAAGGGACUAUUUGUGGGAAUUCAUCAAGAAACAGCGGGGCUUUUGGUCCAAGGAUGACGAAGAAGUGUGUGCAGCUAUUCGCAAAGGUUUCGUUGCAUGCCACCAUGCCAUGUGGAAAAAGCUACCCGAAUGGCCCAAGACUUUCACAGGGUUACCCAGCACAUCAGGCACCACGGCCAGUGUCGUGGUAGUCCGGGGGAACCGCAUGUACGUGGCCCACGUAGGAGACUCUGCCAUAGUGUUGGGGGUCCAGGAUGACCCCUCUGACCAGUUCAUCAGGGCCGUGGAGGUUACACAGGACCACAAGCCUGAGCUGCCCAAGGAGAGGGAACGCAUCGAAGGGCUGGGGGGCAGUGUGAUAAAGAAGUCUGGUGUGAACCGGGUGGUGUGGAAGAGACCCAGGCUGACUCAUAACGGGCCGGUCCGGAGGAGCACCGUCAUGGACCAGAUACCGUUCCUGGCCGUGGCCAGAGCUCUAGGGGACCUGUGGAGCUAUGACUUCUACAGCGGAGAGUUUGUCGUGUCCCCGGAGCCAGACACCUGUGUUCUGACCCUUGACCCCAAUAAACACCGUUACAUCAUCCUGGGCAGUGACGGGCUGUGGAACAUGGUGCCUCCCCAGGAUGCCGUCUCCAUGUGCCAGGACAACGAUGAGGCCAUGGCGCCGUGCGGGGUGUCCAGCGCUCGCCAGCUGGUGAGCCACGCCCUCCUGCGGUGGCGCCAGAGGAUGCUGCGUGCGGACAACACGUCGGCCAUCGUCAUCGCCCUGCAGGAGCCGGGUGUCCCUCAGGAACCCCUCCACCACGAGGAGGUGCUGCUGAACCUGGCCGAGGGACAGCACUGUGGCCCCACAUCGGACUCCCGCUCCAACACACCACUCGUCAAGGUUCCAGACAUGGACAUGUCGUCUGCUGUGUGUGAGCUCCUCCCGACCCUGGAGAGACGAAACGGCCUAUCAGGGAGCAGCCUGUACGCCUUGGCCCUAUCAGAUCCCUUCGGCCCGCCCCUCUCUGACUCGGAUGAUGACUCCCGCACCAGGUUUCCCUUGAUGACCGACAGCCCCGCCCCGGAGGAGAAACUUAGUGAUGUCAAUGCCAGGACGCCCGGCGCCAAACGGACGCUGGAUGAGACGUCGCCCAACCCCGUCCCGUCCGCCAAGAGGAGCCGGAGGAAGAAUGGCGAGACCACACCGGCGGGGGUGGUGGGGGCGGGAGGAGCGGGGGCGGGGGUGGCAAAAGACGGUGGAGGAAAGGACCAGAAACAGUCUCCGACUCCGCCCCCUGCCAACGUGUCCCCUGCACUACUCCAGCAGCAACACGGCAAAACCACUGUGUGUGUGUGCUGAGAGACACACACACAUCUACUCUCUCUCUCCCACACACACACACUAACAAACACACACACACUCUGCAGACAGAUGGAUCCUCCUCACCAUACAUACAAACAGGGAUACAAGACCGACAGUAACAUUCUGCUUCUUCUCCAACCUUUUUACAAAUGACUGAGAGACCUGGGUCGCUCCUGACUGAGAGACCCGGGUCGCUCCUGACUGAGAGACCCGGGUCGCUCCUGACUGAGAGACCCGGGUCGCUCCUGACUGAGAGACCCGGGUCGCUCCUGACUGAGAGACCCGGGUCGCUCCUGACUGAGAGACCCGGGUCGCUCCUGACUGAGAGACCCGGGUCGCUUUCAUUGAGGUCAUUACAAUGAGGUCAUCAUACCAUAUGUCCAUGUCAGUCAGUCAGCCAGUCAGCCAGCCAGUCAGUCAGUCAGCCAGUCAGCCAGUCAGUCAGUCAGCCAGUCAGUCAGUCAGUCAGUCAGUCAGUCAGUCAGUCAGUCAGUGUGGGCAUUUUGUACACUUGUCUCUGAUAUCUUUUAUCUUACUCUGUUCCCCGGAUGGUGGAGAAUGAUUUUAAGUGGUGGUCUGUCGUUUUUAAAAUCUUUCUCUCUCUCUCUCUCUUUCUCUUUCUUUCUCUCUCUCCCUUUCUUUCUUUCUCUCCCUCUCUUUCUUUCUCUCCCUCUCUUUCUUUCUCUUUCUUUCUCUCUCUUUCUCUCUCUUUCUUUCUCUCUCUCUUUGAUGUGAAGUAAGGAUGGAUUUUGUUCAGUGCUGUUUUGUGGACAGAAAUUCAUCCCAAAAUAUGAAUUUGUCCAAUCUGUAAAUAUAAUCUUGACGUGGGUUCAUUGAUACAUGUGUUACUUACUUUAAGUAAAGCAAUAUAUUUUUAUACAUUGUUUUAUUUUACUAUUGUAGAAGCGAUAGAAGAGGAUAUAUUACCAUUUAAAAAAAAAAAAAAAAAAAUUCCACCAUCUCCUAAAUUCACCCUUUGACCUAGUUGUCUGUAUCAUCUCUCACAGCAUUCUGUGAGCAUUCUGACCCUGCAUUUACAUUUUUACAUUUCAUUUAAAUGUGUUGUGUUUUCUAUUGUGUGUCCAGUUUUAAAAAAAUAAAUAAUAAUAAUACUUGCA